GUAAUGGAAGCAGGGGUAGGAGGGCAGGCAGGCUGGAUGCGAUAGCCACUGUCAGAUGUUGCCUUUCGUCCAGUUCUAACAUUAAAUCAACACCGAAACGUGUUUUCUGAACGGAAAGAGCUCGUCCGUAUUAAAGAUUCGCCAUUUUCUGCAUUGAUGUUAUACCCGCAAAGCACUUAGUGUACGAAUUGUGCAGGGCUCAUUGAAAUAUUGGAUCCCUAACCCCGUGGCUAGCCAACGAUUCAGCUCUGUUGUGUGCGGUGCUUACCGUCUGCUCUACAUCUUUUAUGUCACCGAUUGGAGGUGAUAUUUCCCAUGAAGUUGAACAUGUUAAAACGGGUUGUGCAUUGUCGUUCAAAAUACGGUUUUGGGUUAUUGGUAUAGGUAGCUCGCUAGCUAGCAUGUUAGCAUUCUAUUAUGGGUUUCAUUGGGCUAACUAGAAGGGUUGCGUUACGACUACGUCACACACAAAAGCGUCAGGGACAUGGGAAGCAUUGCUGCUAGUUCUAGCCCCCAGCUGCCAAGCUGAUAUCUAACUUGCUUUAAUUUACUCUACCUACCGGGACUCGGGAGUGGGGCACGCGAGAAAAUAAUGUAGUGCUAUUGACACAGAGCCAGUGUUCAGUUAGUGGCACGACAGGUAGUUUCCAGUCUUUUCUAGUAGUUUAGGCUACAACUUCAAGCUCUGCUGGAUUGUGGAUAGCAAAUAGCGAGUGCAACGUCUUUCCUUGUUCGAUGAAAAACCUGCUUUUACAGCAUUGCCUGCCAGCAUGUCUCUAGAGAACCCUGAGGCGUCGCUGGAGCCCAGCAUGCCUGUCGACGCCCAGGAGCCCAGCGAACCCCCACCUCCAUCCACACCCCCACCUCCAGCUCCCGCCCCUGAUCCCUCUUCAGACCUAGACCCUGCCUCUGCCCCUACCCUUGACCCCAUCCCAGAGCCCAAUUCCCCUGCCGAUCCGCUCAGCUCCCCACCCAACCUGACCCCUUCCGUGUCAGCCGCGCCCCUCCUGCCCCCUGCCCCUGCUCCCAACGCGGCAUGCAAGAUCAUGACCUUCAGGCCAACCAUGGAGGAGUUCAGUGACUUUGCCAAGUACAUUGUCUACAUGGAGAGCCAAGGGGCUCACCGUGCUGGCUUGGCCAAGGUCAUUCCCCCUGCGGGCUGGAAGCCUCGUCGCUCGUACGACACCAUAGAGGAGAUGGUGAUCCCCUCGCCCAUUCAGCAGAUGGUCACGGGCCAGUCCGGCCUCUUCACUCAGUACAACAUACAGAAGAAGUCCAUGAGCGUCGGGGAGUACCGCAAGCUGGCCAACAGCAAGAAGUACUGUACACCGCCACACAAGGACUUUGAUGAUCUGGAGAGGAAGUACUGGAAAAACCUGACCUUCGUGUCACCAAUAUAUGGAGCAGACGUCAGUGGCUCGAUUUAUGAUCCUGACAUUAAAGAGUGGAACAUCGGCCACCUGGACACCCUGCUGGACAUGGUGGAGCAGGAGUGCGGCAUCGUGAUCGAGGGGGUCAACACGCCCUACCUCUACUUCGGCAUGUGGAAGACCACCUUCGCCUGGCACACGGAGGACAUGGACCUCUACAGCAUCAACUACCUGCACUUUGGGCAGCCCAAGUCCUGGUAUGCUAUCCCUCCGGAGCAUGGGAAGAGGUUGGAGAGGCUCGCUCAAGGUUUCUUCCCGGGCAGUUCUCAGGGGUGUGAUGCCUUCCUGCGCCACAAGAUGACCCUCAUCUCCCCCUCCAUCCUCAAGAAGUACAGCAUCCCCUUCGACAGGAUCACUCAGGAGGAGGGGGAGUUCAUGAUCACCUUCCCCUAUGGCUAUCAUGCCGGAUUCAACCACGGCUUCAACUGUGCAGAGUCCACCAACUUUGCCACGCUCCGCUGGCUCGACUACGGCAAGAUGGCCACGACGUGCACGUGUCGUAAGGACAUGGUGAAGAUCUCCAUGGACGUGUUUGUGCGGUGCCUGCAGCCGGAGCGCUACGAGCUGUGGAAGCAGGGCAAGGACAACAUGGUCCUGGACCACCAGAAGCCCACCACCCUCAGCAGCCCUGAGCUGGAGCACUGGAGGCAGAACAAGGUCACCUACCGGGAGAGGGUGCUCAGCAGAGCCCUGCAGCGUAAGGAAAUGUUCCGGCGGCUGAAGCAGGAGGAGGUGCGGGUGCUGCAGGAGGAGGGCCUACUGGCGGAGGAGGACCUGGCGGAGUACCAGCGCGUGGUGGAGGCCAAGGAGGCGCAGAGGAGGCAGGAGCGCGAGGAGCGCAUGGCCCGCGAGGCCCUGCUCACACUGCAGGCCCUGGAGAGAGAGGAGCAGAUGAAGCAGGAGCAGCAGGACGUGCCCAUUGGGCCAAUGCCAGCGGACAUGGUGCUUCCGGCGCGUCCAGCGCUUCCGGCGCUUCCUCCUCUGCCUGUGGACGGACAGAAGAAGAAAAAGAAAAAGAAGAAGGUGAAGGUGAAGUUGGAGGAGGGCGAUGAUGGCGGCUCCUUCCAGAGCGUCUUUGAGAAGUUUGCCACCGCUGGCAGGAUCACAGAGGGGAAGAGCGUGGAGGAUUGCGCCGACAGAAAACCUGUACAGGUGAAGAAGUCACGUCGACACCCGCUGGGUAAACCCCCCAUGCGCUCACCGCUCUUCAUCGUCAAGCAGGAGGAUUGGAGUGGUGGAGAAGGGACAGACCCGAAGCAGGAGGUCCAGACGGCAGCCCACCUGUGGCAAGACCACUCCCCCAACCUGCUGGCGGAGCGGCGCUUCAACGCGGCCAUGGCAACCAUGGAACCUCACUGUGCCGUCUGCACCCUCUUCUGCCCUUUCAAACAGGAGGCUGGACCUCUGGACCAGACGGUGUUGCUGGCGUCCAAGAGUGGCAGCUUCACGCGGCCGGUGGUGUCUGAGAUGUGCUUCAGCUCCGGGGGAGAGAACACUGAGCCCCCUCCCUCCAGCUCCGGAACCAGAGACGACGGCACCAGCAUGCUAAUGACAUGUGCCGGCUGCAACCUACAGGUCCACGCCAGUUGUUAUGGCGUCCCUCCAGACAGACAGAAGGAUGGCUGGAUGUGCUCGCGGUGUACAACAGUGGCCUGGACAGCGGCCUGUUGCCUAUGUAACCUCAGAGGUGGAGCUUUGAAGAUGACGACGGACAGCAGGUGGGUCCAUGUGAUCUGUGCCAUUGCGGUUCCUGAGGCUCGCUUCGUCAACGCCACCGAGAGAGAGCCAGUUGACGUCACCGCCAUCCCAGACACCAGGAAAAACCUGAUGUGCAUGUACUGCCAUAAGCCGGAGCGGCCGCCGUGUGGCGCGUGUAUCCAGUGUUCCCACGAGAACUGCUCCACCUCCUUCCACGUCACCUGCGCCCAGCUGGCCGGCGUCCUCAUGAGGCCCGCCGAUUGGCCGUACGUGGUGUCCGUCACCUGCCAAACGCACAAACAGACAAACGCCCCGCCCCCUGUCACGCCUCCUGCGCAGCAGCCCACGCCGCCCACGCCCACUCCCACGCCCAGUCACAAGCGUCCCGCGAGGCCGGCUCCGGGUUCGAGGGACUUGUCGCUAGGACAGCAGGUCAUCGGGCGCUAUAGUAACGGAUGGUUCUACCGCUGUGCCAUCAUCGGCAUGGCAACGCAGACCUUCUACGAGGUCAACUUCAGCGACGGAGCCUACUCUGACAACGUCUACCCUGAGAAUGUGGUGAGUCAUGACUGCCUGCGUGCGGGGCCGCCAGAGAUGGGAGAGAUGAUGCUUGUAGCCAGCGCAGACGGAAAGAUGCUCGCCGCCUCCUUCAUCAAGGCACACACACACCGCCAUUACCAGGUGGAGUUUCAGGAUGAGUCGCAGCUGCUUCUGAAGCGUACAGAGAUCUACACACUGGAACAGGAGCUGCCCAAGAGAGUCAGCGCACGCCUGGUCCUGACGAAUGAGCAGCAGCAGCAGCAGCAGCAGCAGCAACAACCACCGCAGCAGCCAAUGGACACGCAGCCUCCACAGGAGGAGGACGACAGCGAAGCUCAGGCAGCCAAGAGGCCGCGCCUGCCCACUCCAACCCCGACCCCCCCUUCACAACCCCCCCAGACACAGCAGCCGGCCCCUACAGCCCCCGCCUGCACGUCACCCACCACCACCACCGGACCCGCAGCCUCCCCCAGCCCCCUCCCCAAACACACCACCACCACCCCCACCCCCGGCCCCAGUCCUGGUCCUGGUCCCGCCACUGUCAUGCCAGCCCCCGGGCCCUACGGCCACAUCCCCACCCCUCUGGGGUCACCGACGCAACCCAACCCCCCCUCCUCUCCCUUACAGGCCAACUCCCCGAGCCCCAUGCCCAACAACAUGGCCCAGAAUCCAACCCAGCAUGCAGCCCAGAAUCCUGCGCCGCAGCCCCCAGGCCAGUCCCAGCAGCCUCAGCAGCAGCAGCCUCAGCAGCCUGCCCCGGGGCAGGAGCCCGACUCCUACACCCCCAGCUCGGGGUACGUGGCCUACAUGGAGGCCCUGCUCAACUCGAACUUUCCCUCCGACGGGGAAACCACCCCAGAGACCACCCAGGGGGUCAUGUAUUAAACAAACACACACACACAUACACACACAGACACACACACACACACACACACACACACACACACACACACACACACUCCUAUUCUUACUAUAUAGAUAUUGACACACAUACUUUAAUAUAUAUUAUAUAUGUCUUAUAUAUACACACACUGUCACGUUUUGUGUUUUAUACUGUACACUCGUACAUAACCCAAACAUGUGAACACCAAACACACACACACACACACACACACACACACACACACACACACACACACACACACACACACACACACACACACACACACACACACACUUACACAUGUACACACUCCAGCUCCCCCUUCCCAAUUAAGUUCCAGGAACGAACUGAAAAACGAACUGGUGUUGUCCGUCUGCAUGUUUGUUUUUUCUGUAUGUUUGUCCGAUACUUUAUUUUUCUGUUUGGAUGUUUUUGUUUGUUUGUUUGUUUAUAUGGGUUAUUGACUGCUGUUGUCAGCCAUGGUGCUUUGGCACAAAUUUAUUGAUAAGCAGGCGGGAAUUGAAUUUGUCACUCAGUACCUCUCUCAAAAACACACACACACACACACAGACACACACACAACUCUGACGCCCUACCCCACAGUAGGUGCACCCCCUCAUCACCAUCAUAUGCUGUUACUUUAUGUGUUCAUAAGUAUUUUUCUACAGUGGGGCGCCAAACACGGAUACUCCAACACACUCAGACUCGCAGCUAACUCGUACAAAGGUCUGAAGAGAGGGCAC